AUGUUUUUUGGAGAGCUUACAGUAAAGUCCAACAGACCCCUCAAAACAGCGCACAAGGAAACGCUACCACAGCACCGUCUACCGACGAUCCUGCUCUCCGGUCGCAUACUUCAUCCAGAGCUUCACAAGGAAACGCCACCGCAGCACCGUUAUCCGGCUAUCCAUCUCUCCGGUGGCACACUUCAUCCAGAGCAUCACUACACCGGCGACCUGCAACACCGGCGACCUGCAUCACUGCAACACCGGCGUCUUCUUUCUCCAUCUCCGAUCAGAGUGGGAGAUAGAAAAAUGGCUGGUGAUGAGCAGCAGCAACAUCCACAUGAUAAUCAGAUGCAUUCUCCUCCACAUCCAUCUCCAGCAAAGGAUGAUAUGAUAGGAUAUGUGAUGGCAUUGGAGGCUGCUUUACUCCCAUGUCUUCCUGCAAGAGAGCUUCAAGCAAUUGAUCGAUCUCCCCACCCUUCACAUCAGAUUGAUGUGGAGAGACAUGCUAGAGAUUUCAUGGAGGCUGCCAAAAAACUUCAACUUUACUUUAUCAGUCUGCAGCGUGAAGAUCAGCCAACCAAAGAAGAAAUCUUGCAAAAGGAUAUUGCGAUGAUGGAAGAAGAACUGAAAACAAAGACCCAACUUAUCAAGAAACAGGAAAGAUGGAUCCAAGGUUGGAGAAAGGAGUUAAAAGACCAAUUGGAGAAGCACAAUACUGAAUUAGAGAGGGUUUAGAUGUGUAUUUACUUCUUUAAUUUCGUUCUUUUGAUUAUCUUAUAGCUACUAGUAGUAAUUUUUUUGUUUAUUUUGGCCUUGUAAACACUUCUUGAAUCAAACAGGACUUUCAAACCUUUCUUGAAGAUA